GCUGAAGCUCGGUUCCUCUUUCCUAGAAGCUUACAGACUCUCCUUCAGGACGAACCCCAAGGGGCCAUCUCCCCGGAAUGAGGACAAGGCGAGGCAGCCACCUUCGCGCUCGCACUCUGGGAAGCGACGCCGGGAGCAGAACGCGAGGGGACGGUGGGGGAGGCUGGAAGGAGUCUGCCAGACGCUGAAAUGAUGUUGCCUCAGUGGCAAAGAUCCUUGAUCCUCACGGCCUACGUCAUCAUCUUCCUCACUGGUCUCCCUGCCAACCUGCUGGCCCUGCGGGCGUUCCUGGGGCGGGUCCGCCAGCCCCAGCCGGCGCCGGUGCACAUCCUCCUGCUCAGCCUGACGCUGGCCGACCUGCUGCUGCUGCUGCUGCUGCCCUUCAAGAUCAUCGAGACCGCCUCGAACUUCCACUGGUACCUGCCCGAGAUCGUCUGUGCGCUCACGGGUUUCGGCUUCUACAGCAGCAUCUACUGCAGCACGUGGCUCCUGGCGGGCAUCAGCGUCGAGCGCUACCUGGGGGUGGCCUUCCCCGUGCAGUACAAGCUCUCGCGGCGGCCCGUGUACGGCGUGAUCGCUGCUCUGGUGGCCUGGAUCAUGUCCUUUGGUCACUGCACCGUCGUGAUCGUCGUUCAGUACUUGAACUCAACCCAGCAGGUCAGAAAUGCCAACGACAUCACCUGCUACGAGAACUUCACCCCAAGGCAGCUGGAGCUGGUGCUGCCCGUGCGGCUGGAGCUGUUCCUGGUGCUCUUCCUCAUCCCCAUGGCGGUCACCGUCUUCUGCUACUGGCGCUUCAUGUGGAUCAUGCUCACCCAGCCGCACGUGGGGGCCCAGAGGCGGCGGCGGGCUGUGGGGCUGGCCGUCGUGACGCUGUUCAACUUCCUGGUGUGCUUCGGGCCCUACAACGUGUCUCACCUGGUGGGGUUUUACACGCGACAAAGCCCCUCGUGGCGGGUGGCGGCUGUGGUGCUCAGUUCCCUCAACGCCAGCCUGGACCCCUUGCUGUUCUACUUCUCCUCGUCCGCCAUGCGCAGGUCCUUUGGGCAGGGGCUGCAGGUGCUGCGCCGUCAGGCCUCCUCCCUGCUGAGACGCAGAGGCGAAAAGACAGCAGGGGUGACCAAUGCGGACAGGGGUGUCAGUCAGACAGAGGGGGCGCCGAGUUCGGACUUCACCACGGACUAGCCGUCUCCCCGGACCUCUGGAGGCGUUCUGGGUUGCCCCGGAGUUGGGCGGCCUGGGAGAGGAGGAGGAGGAGGGAGCAUGACGGUUCCUGUCCCGACUCAGGAAUCCUCAAACCCAAUCCAUGCCUGGGACUUUGAAGGAACCUCUCUCACCAGCUUGGUGUCCCUUCCUGACUGGUUUUCCUUCCCACAGGAGCACAGCUCCACGACACAAGAAGAAACGGCUGAGCACAGAAGCACCGUUAGGCUGCAGUUUCGGGAGCAGCAUAGCUAACAGGAAUCCAGCUCUUGCAAGGUGGCUGGGAUCUGGUGGUGGCCAGGCUGAAGCAGAGAGUCCAGAAGUACUCCUGCUACAGGUUGGAAACAACACCUAGACGCUGGUGUAGCUGUUGAGGCUAGAAAGAAACCAAUGAGAAAGAGAUGAGAGAGAAAUGCUGAAUGAGGUCGGAGGAGACUCAAAAAGGUUCUGAGCCGGGGACACUGGCGGGGAGGACUCAGGCGGGACUUAAACCUCUAAUGAUCUGGGGGUCACCGUAGCAGUUUGACCGGCUGCUUUUAAAGUGUGCACCGUUCGUUUCCACACGUGAUCUCGUCUCCCCCGUUAAACCGGGAGCUGCCCGAGGUCUGGGUCUCAUCGCCUUCCUCCUGGCACCCGACACGGGCCAGGAUGUGGCUUGGCAUGCAGCAAUCAGAGACUGACACAGGCUGGCACAGGGAAAAACAGCCUGGUCUGGCAGGUUGCGAAUAAAGGUUAUGAA